AUGUCACAUCUUGCAUUCGCCCUCAGCUUCCUUUGCAUCGUCACUUUUACUGACGGGCAAAUAAUGACGGGAGGAAUUAUGGAACAAAAUCCAAAUGAUCCCGAGCAUAUGGUGACAGCGUGGAAAGCAGUGGAUCAUGUUAAUGACUUUUCUAGCAAUGGUCAGAAUCUUAUGGUGCCAAUCAAGGUUAUGAAGGCUGCGUCACAAGUUGUAGCUGGUACCAAAUACAUCCUUGAAGUACUGUACGGUGAAUCAAUAUGCGCAAAAGGAAUAGAGUUUGCAGCCACACCUGCCAACUGUCCAGUAAAAAGAAACGGACGCAGAGCUAUGUAUGAAGUCGAACUAUGGACGAAAGAAUGGGAAAAUUUCGAGCGGCUCAGUGUUAGGAAAAUCCUGGAUAUCCCUGCCGGGCAGAACAUGGAUUUUCCUGCCAGGCGGAACAUUAUGGAUUUUCUUGCUAGGCAGAACAUUAUGAGUAUCCCUGGCAGGAAGAACAUUAUGGGAAUCCCUGGCAGAUCUAUCGCACCUCAGCAUAAUGAUCAAAGAUCUGGCAAGGAGUCCAAAUGUGAUGGAUCCGCUAACGACACCAUUAUCUCUGUUUCCUUCAACGGCAUUUGCUCAUUCACACAUGAAAAGGAUUUAUUGUUGAAAUUUAACUGA